UGGACACUGAUAGGCAGCAUUGAUGGGCACUGAUAGGCUGCACUGAUAAGGUAGCACUGAUGAGGCAGCACUGUGUGAGGCACAAGCAGGGGCGGAAUGACAACUCAUGGGGCCCCCGGGCAAAAGGGGAUCAUGGGGCCCCUGUGUCCUUGCCCAAACUCAAAAAAGCCUAUGAAAAAGGUACCAGGGGCAUCUCAUGGGGCCUCCUACUGACCCCGAGCCCUCGGACAGUGCCCAAGUUUCCAAAUGGUCAGUCCGCCCCUGGGCACAAGUAU